AUGGAGACUGAAAUAGAAAUAAAGGCAGCCGCUGAUAAGUACUACAGCAUCUUCAAGACAACUGCCCACCACGUUCCCACAGCCACCCCUGACAUUAUUCAGGGAGUUGAGGUGAAUGAAGGUGAUUGGAAGACACAUGGCUCUAUCAAGGUCUGGAAUUAUACUGUUGAGGGAAAUGCUGAGGUUUUCAAGGAAAAGGUUGGAUUAGAUGAUGCAAACAGGGCAGCAACUCUUGUGGGAAUUGAAGGAGAUCCCAUGAAGUACUACAAGAUCUUUAAGGCCACAUAUCAGGCUAUUCCAAAGAGUAAUGGCAGCUUGGCCAAGUUGACUAUUGUAUAUGAGAAACUGAGAGAGGAUGUGCCUCCCCCAAUUAAGUACCUCAAUAUGAUGGUUAGUAUCACUAAAGACAUUGAUGCCCACCUUGCAAAGGUAUAG